AAAAGCUUGACCUACUGUGUGAAAAUUUUGCUAUGCAUAUUUCAAGUUUGUAUCAGGAGCUAACCAGAACAUGUUUUGAGCAUCUUCAUAGUCAACUUAAAAUCCGUAAGUAACAAUGUUGUACCAUUAUUUCUCAAAGACACGUUAUAUCGUGUUUAGUUUGAAGGUCUUGUAAGAGGAUUUGGUACCACAAAGUCAUGAUUCGAAUGUCUUAAGUAUCAGUUCAUUCGUCUGGACGGUUGUUAUGCAAAUGUUCAUGAUUCUUUUCUUGGUAAAUACACAAUAGUUGGACGUUCGAGUCUAAGAAGUUUAAUCACUCAUUAUUGUCAACAUUAACUCAAUAUUGUCUACUUAUAGUCAUAAUUGUCAACAUUAACUCAUUAUUGUUACUAUUAACUGGAUUCUUGGUGAACUUUACAAUAGUGUUAACACAGCCGAUGUCAAUGCCUUACAUUUUAAAAAAAAAAACUUUUUUUUAAUAGACAUGUGUGCAAUUUAUAUCCCCAAAUAAUCGAUUACUAAGAGAAAGUUAUGAAAUGAACAUGGCAGUACAUUAUCAAACUGUUCAAUGUUUACGAUACCCAGGCUGAAAGUUUCGAGGGACAUAUCCUGGUCUUGAAUUUUUUUCUGCUGUUGAACACCAUCUAACCUAUGACGCCAUCAGACAUUUGACACCAUCUAAAUUUGAGCACCAUCUGACAAUGGAUAACAUCUGACAUUGGACACCUUCUGAUAUUAACAUCAUUUGACAAAUGGACACAAUCUGACAUUGUACACCAUCUGACAUUGACAUCAUUUGACAAAUGGACACUAUCUGACAUUGGACAAUAUCUGACAAUGACAUCAUUUGACAAGGGACACAAUCUGACAUUGAUCACUCGCUUUAUCACGUUCAACAAGUGGCUCUUUGGAAAACAAUCGAUAUUAAUAAUUCAAUAAAUAAUUCUUAAUGGCAUCAGACAUUGAAUUUCGAGUUUCGUAAAAGAAUCUCGAAAAGCUUACCAAGCAAUCCACUCAACACCGAUGGCCAAACAGCAGAUUAUUCAAACUCAAAUUUUCAGUGUCAAAGACGUCCAUUCACUUUUGAAGGCUUUAUAUAAUUUUAAAUGAACGCAUAGACUGAGUAUAUUUAAUGAAUCAAUGCAAUAAUACUCUGAUUUAAUAGCAGCCAGAUAUUCUUCGCAAAAAUAACAUCUUUCUUUUCUUUUCAAAACUUGCAGGACAGAUGUCAUGGGUCACGUGAUGCACUUGAUUCCAGCAGUCGUUAUUUCCGGAAUCGUUUUACGUAAGGUUUUUAUGGAAAGAUGCUUUUUUUUAUUUGUUAUGUAGCAUACAUUCCCAAUGCUUAAACUUUACUUGACCUAAAUAAGAAUCCUAACAGACAGGAACGUCUGUUGUGGGUGUGGCCUCUUCGUUUUAUGUAUCUUGUUUACAUCUAUGUUUACCAAUUAAGCAUGUUAGACUCUCUCCUGGUAUUUUCUCGAAUGUGCUCGAUAACCCGAGGAAUUAAACAACACGUCAUAAGUCUUUUCUUGAAGGCAGGACUUACGCGACCUAUAAAAGGGAUUGACAGGCACGGACGGAGAGACGGAGAUUCAGAUAGAAAUUAUUAACUUUACGAGACCUGUAGUAUUCUUUGUGUAUUUGUAUGUUCAUACUCAUAAUCAACAUGUUUUUAUUUCGCAAUCAUCAUUAUUCAUUGGCACAUUAUUCUAACUGUAUUAACUGUGUACCGGUACAAGAUCUACCAUACUGUAAGUUGAUGAUUUGUAAUGAUAUUUCUUUUCUUUUGUAAUUACAUUGAUACUUAUUAAAUCUUAUCAAUUAUAACUAGAAACUGUUUUGGGUGUAGUUUCCUAAACAUUGUUGACUCUAUGGUAUCGUCCAUUUGUUAGGCACUGUUUACAACGAUCCAAUUAAAAUUAAAAUAAGAGAUUAAUUUCUCAUAUUAGAAGCCAGUGCGUAGCACAUUCUUGUCAUUACUCAAAUUCCUUUUAAAUGUUUACGUUAGUUAAUAACCAGAUUAAUUUAACCAUUCGCUAUCUAUCUAAAGUAAUGUCUCAAAUAUUUCAUUUACAUACAAAUGUAUUAUAUUUAUGGUAGUGUACACAGCAACAACGAAAGCGGCUCAGGGAAACCUUACUGAUUUAAAUGGUACCUCCAGAACACCUGGCCGAAGUAUUGGUGAGUAAACUAGAGUAAUCCAAAAAAUAUUUAUAUUAUAAUAAUUUGUGUUUACCUUUGUGAUGUCAUAUUGUUUGAAACAGGCAUUUGAAAUUGCCUCCGUAAAGUAGCGAUUAAAUUUAUUUUUUAAUUAAAAAGUUGUUAAUAAAACCAACAAAAAACAACAACACCAAAACAAGGAAAGUUGUAUUUUACAGAAAACAUUCACUAUAAAAUUAUUUACAUAUCUCACUGAAACCCCUUAAAAAUAUUUUAAGGAUGAUUAGAAUAUAUGUGUAAGAACUGAAACGCUAGCAUUAUAAUAUAUUUAUGGACGCCACAGCAUUAGCAUCAUUUGUGAAAUAUUUGUGACCGAAGUUUAAAUGUUUAAAUUAUCAAUUAUGAAGCAUAUGUUAAGAUAUCUGUUGUUGUUUUUUUUUUAAAUUGAGCCAUUGACCUUGUUUCAGGUGUUUAUAAAUAGACAUUUCCUUCAUUUUCAUUAUUGUUUACAUCGUUCAAAACAAAGUAUUCCAACUCCUUUUGAUAUAUUGUCUCGCAACCUGAUACAUUUUGUUUUCAAAAGCUUGCAGAGCUGCAGCUGACGUCAUAUUUAUCUUAGACGCGUCGGCUAAAGUUGUAGAUGAAUCAAGUUACCAGAAAGUUGUUGACCUGGCAUCCGCUGUCGUUCGGAGUUUCAUCAUAGGAGACGCUGAUGUCCUUUUUGGUGGCGUCACCUAUAGCGACGACGCCAAGAAGCUGUUUGACAUCAAAGAUUUCAAAACACACGAUGAUCUAACAAAGGUAUUUCUGUUACAGGAUGCACGCAAACCUCAAUAAUAAUUAAAGGAUAAUAAACGAAGGAAUUCGAUCAAGCUGUGUGAAGGAAAUAAUAGAACAAGGUAUGUGGAAGCUUGAAUCGAAAGACAGGACAAUAAGAUGACGUUUCGGCUAAGAGCCCUCCUCAGCAGACAGGACAAAUACAAAUACGACAAGAAAUAGAAACUAGUUUUAAAAGAUGGGUUGAUUGUCAUUGUAAUUACCGGAAGAAGUAAGUAGUUGGAUUUUAAAAAACAACCAAGAUGACAAGCAGUACAAGAAUAUAUAGCUAUCAUUUGAAACUUAUCCAUGGGACUGUUGUUUGGGAUUUGAUUAAAUAAGUAGUUGGUCUCAGGACGUGAAGCAAUAAAUAUUUUAAUCGGUCAUCGUGAUUGAAUCCCACCCACAGACUCCGUUGACUCUAAGCAUACAUCCACAACAUUAUAAGUAAUGAUGAUGAGUCAAGCUUUACUCACAACAACUCACUCUAGUCACUAGUGUCAAUACACCUCUAAAAUUUCGAGUAAUAAUGAUGACGUGAUUUACUCGCAACAACUCAACUCAACAGGCUCUCAAAGACAGUCAUCUAUUAAAUAUGUCAAGCAGACCUGACCUUGGCCUUGAUUUUGUGGGAUAUCAUGAGAUGUUCAGCAUCGACCUGGGCGGACGCUAUAACGCCGCCAAAUUGGUUAUCGUCCUCCUGGCGGGCAAGUCGGAGAGAUCGGAUUUAAGUAAGUACAUGUUUUGGCUAGUCAACUCUGAGCCGUCAGACAGCCGGUCACAGGCGCACGAUUUAUGAAAAGACAUUUAGCCAACAGAAGAACGUCAUUAGCUUUAUGAUAAAUUUUUUUGGUCAGUAUUAAGUCAUUGAAAUGAAAUAACCCCAUAAAAUCUAAGUUUUUUCCUAUCAAUCCUCCAUGUAAUUGAAUACCGAGCCAUGGUCGGUAAGGAUGAGAAUUUGACAAAACAUGCAUUCAAGUAACGCACUUUAUAAGAAUACAAAUUAGGUCCGCCCCCCCCCAACCCCAAGGUAUCGCAGACGCACGCCCUGAAAUACAAUAAUAUUCUAAUUUCACAUCCGCUUUUACACGGCAGAUUUGUUUCCGAAAAUAGAAGAUUUUACGCACCAAAUGCAAUUUUGUUGUUGUUUUUAAAGAAUAUCAUUUAGCGAAAUUAUCAGGAAUUUUAUUUUGUGAAAUCAGUCUCAUCAUAUUUCCCUCAUCUUCCCCUUAAAAAAAAAGAAGGAAAAGCUGAUUUUUUUGUUCGGUUGCGGUGGGUUGUUGGGGGGGGGGGGUGGGGGCUGACAAUUUGACAGAAUGUGUUGUGGUCGACAACGUGUCUAUGUGCACAAUCUCAGCUUUGUAGGCUGGCGGCAAGUAGGUCAAUUCGCCGGACGAAUUUUUUAAAAAGAAGGAAAAGCUGAUUUUUUGGUUCGGUUGGGGUGGGUUGUUGGGGGGGGGGGUGGGGGCUGACAAUUUGACAGAAUGUGUUGUGGUCGACAACGUGUCUAUGUGCACAAUCUCAGCUUUGUAGGCUGACGGCAAGUAGGUCAAUUCGCCGGACGAAUAUUUUGUGAGCUAGAAACACGUGAAGAAAAGGGAAAUUAAUUUUCGGACAAAAUGCCUUGUUAAGAAUCAUCAAUACAUUGGUCUUGUUUCAUGUCUUAACUUUAAAAAAAAAAAUGUAUAUAUAUUUCAUGAAUAUAAUUGCGAUGUUCCUAUGUUAUUCUACGCAGCAAAGGAAGCUGCUAAAAAUCUGGCCAAUGAGGGAGUCGUCAUAAUUGCAGCCGGCAUAGGAUCGGAUGUAGAGCCAGAGUUAGUAGACAUAGCCAGCAGUGAACUGAACGUUUUCAAGGUCAAGUCAUUUGGUCACCUUAACCAGCUGAUAAAAGAAAUCACGUCUCGCGUUUGUCAAGGUGAGUAGCCGAGACAGUAGUCAUUAAGAAACGCUGCUGUUAGAACUGAAGGCUUAACUUGUUCAACGUCCGCUCUUUUGACAGACGCAUACAUCGGCGCAAAUGUUUGCAGUUAUCAGUAAUAUCGGUUGUGUUUUCAUGGUUAAUUUUUACGAUGUCCGGGAUGGUUUUAACACUGACACGUUAGGCAAGCCGUGAUGAGUGGCAAUGCUGCUCGCACGGUGUUCAAAAGAUGCUUUAUUGAGACCACGUUUAUUGCAUUUAAUAACCUUAAAUAAGAUGCUAGCUGACAAGUUAUUUUUCUUUGUUUUUAAGUGCUCUUUAUUUUUGUCUUGUCGGAGGAAGGCUUUCUGCAGUAUCUUCCAUUUUGUUGUUUAGCGUCAUUAUUCAAGCAAUCAAAUAUCCCAAACUAGCAUCUUGUUACUUGUGUGCUGUGACGGUCUUAGUGCACUGAUGGUGUGAGUUGACACGCAACUGGGUCUUAGUGCACUGGUGAUGUGAGUGGACACGCCACUGGGUCUUAGUGCACUGGUGAUGUGAGUGGACACGCCACUGGGUCUUUGUGCACUGGUGAUGUGAGUGGUCACGUCACUGGGUCUUAGUGCACUGGUGAUGUGAGUGGACACGCCUCUAGGUCAUAGUGCACUGGCGAUGCAAGUGGACUUAUCGCUGCUUGAAAUUUUUAAAUGCGAAUGAUCAGAUGAAAGGAGAUAUUUUUUACAUUUGCGCGAACAACUUGCAUUUUAGGGCGUCCGCAUUGGUUUUGGAAUUUGGAUUAUUGGGAAGGGGGUGUGUCCAGUGAACAUGGAUAGGAUCUGUCCAGUGAACAUGGAUAAGGUGUGUCCAGUGAAUAUGAAUAGGGUCUUUCAAGUGAACAUGGAUAGGGUCUGUCCACUGAACAUGGAUAGGGUCUGUCCACUGAACAUGGAUGGAUGUGUCGAAAUAAACUUUUGAAGGGGUGUGGCGAAUUGAAAUAUUGAACGGGUGUGGCGAAUGAACAUUGGAAUGUGUCCAGCGAAUGAACCGGGGUCUUUCUUAUUGUAUGUUUGUAAACAUUGACUUCUUAAAAAAAAGAUCAAUUAUUUUAGUAUGAAGUGAACUUUUUUAUAAUGUUUUCAAAAAAAUAUAUAUUUGUGAAGCUAUAUAGAUUUGAAUAGAAACUCUUCUUGUAAUUUUACUACAUUUUAAAUUCAGUCAUUAAUUUCUGUUUUCAGUUUCAAAGAUAAAGGACUAGCAUACACGUGUGUAGAAAAUUAUCUCUGGCAUUAACUUGGAUAGUCAUUUUUAUGUCUUCCAAAAAAAAAAAAGCUUUUAUUUUCUUUUUUCUAAAUAUUACAUUAAAAAAGAGAAGAAAAAACAAACUUUGUCUGAAUUAAUUCAUGAAUAAUUUUGUGAUUGAAAUUUAAACAAAACUAGCAAUAUAUAUUUUUUGCCUUGGC